AAAAUGGCGUAAAACCCCAAUAAGAGCUAAAACCCACCAACGAUUCGCACCUUCGUCCUCUGCCUGCAGAGUUCAAAUACUGAAGAGAAAUAGAAGAUGAGUAGGGCCUCCAGUCUCUUCCAACUAUGCCAGAUUCCUUCUACCAAUAUGCUUCUCAGAAGCUCCAAAUUCCCCAGAGGUUUAUAUGUGAUACCUGGUUGGAAAAUUUAUCCGACCCUGUAUUUCUGUAAAAGCUUGCAAACUACUACGUAUGAAGUUGUCAAUGGAAGCUAUGUUCCCACUACACAAACUAAACAAGAAAAGGAAACAAAGGAAAAGUCAUUGGCAAAACUUGAUACUGUUGGUGCAUUUCAAAAGCUACCCAUGGUGAUGCCAUCUGUUGAUAUACUUCAUUCAGCACUGAGGAAGGCAAAAAGGGUUUUACCUACGAAGGGCAUUGCCAAUAUUGCAAAGCGAGAGAGAAAUAGAGGUGCAAAACAACUUGAUGCACUGAUGAAAGAACUGGCAAUUUCCUUGAGGAUGUAUCUGGAAAGUUUUCCAAAGAAGAAAUAUCUUCACCGUUAUGAACGUUCUCUUAUUGAAUUAACUCUUGGUGAUGGAAAUUAUGAAGAGGUGCUGGGAAAGGUUGAUGCUCUGAGGAAGAAGGUGGUUUCUGUUGGAAAGGAACAUGCUUCCCUCUGUGCCAAGUCCUUAACAAAGCGUGAAGCAGAGGAAAGACUGAGUGAGGGUAUGAAGAAAAUUGAAGAGAUUUUCAAUCAGGAUGCAAAAGUUGUCGAUGAUUUGUUACAUAUUGCCAAGACCUUAAGGGCAAUGCCAGUUGUUGAUCUGGAAACACCAACACUGUGCCUCGUUGGGGCUCCUAAUGUGGGCAAGUCAUCGUUGGUCCGUACACUCUCUACAGGGAAGCCAGAGGUCUGCAACUAUCCCUUUACAACAAGAGGAAUACUUAUGGGUCAUAUAGUGCUUAACUACCAGACUUUUCAGGUGACAGACACUCCUGGCUUGCUGAAGAGAUGUGAUGACGACAGGAAUAAUUUGGAAAAGUUGACACUUGCUGUCCUGUCACAUUUGCCUACUGCAAUAUUAUAUGUUCAUGACCUCACUGGAGAGUGUGGAAGUUCACCUUCUGAUCAGUUUGUCAUAUACAAAGAAAUAAAGGAGAGGUUUGGCGACCAUCUGUGGCUUGAUGUUGUGUCCAAAUGUGAUCUGUUUCAAAAUUCUCCUGUAGUCUUCAUCACAGACAAUGAUAAUCCUGAUCAUGUUGAGCUGGCAAGGUACCGGAAAUUUGGACCUGAUGGAGCUAUCCAUGUAUCUGUAAAGACCGAAGAAGGGCUCAGUGAGUUGAAGGUUAAAGUGCACGAGCUGCUGACCUUGCAGAUGGAUAAGAUCAGUGAGAAAAGCAACCAAGAAAAUCUAGUUAUUACUUGAGGUUUCUAUUCUUAGGAUGCAUCAAAUUAUGGUUGAAACACAUUCAAAGUGGAAAAUUCUGACCGUUUCCGUGGAGAACAAGCUGUCUGGCUUCCAAUUAGCUCAAGAUCAUAGCAUCCAGGUUCUCAUCACUACUAAACACUGCAUCUUUAUCUCCCAUCUCAUAUGAUAAGGUGUUGAUGCAGUGAAAUGGAGCGUACAAUAUUUGUGUACUCUGAAAUUCUUUGCUAAUUGGUAUAAUACAUAUUUUCAAGUGUAUAUAUUUUAUCCA